AACUUCUGGUCACCCCUAGAAAUGUAUUGGAGAAUUGAGAGGGCAGAGCCAGGUCUCUUGCAAAGAGAAACUCCUUCUUGUUUUGCAGUGGACGUCACCAUCUUUAUGGGGGUUCUGGACCCCAGUCUGCUCCUUCCUACGGGUGUGUCCCCUGUGCAGACUGUGCCACCCAUUCUCGGUGCUGUGUGUGUGUGUGGAGAUCUGGCACGACGAACCGCCACGGCCCCUGUGGUUAAUCUGGUGUUUGAACUCGGACCAUUACCCCAGCCUUCCUUCCAUCUGCACAGUUCCAGGAGCUGUGACUUCCAUGAUCAGUGAUGUGGCCAUCUUCUGCAGGACCCCUCUGGGAGUGACCAGUGUGCACCUAACCCAUUAUGUACCCAGUAUGUGUGCAAAGUGGUAUGAGUGAAUCCCACAAGGAUCCCAGGAAGUGUUUAAGUUCAGUCUGCAGAAUACGACACACACCAAUGCGGGGGUUUACUACUGUGGAUACUACAAGGAAGACCAAUGGUCAUGACUUAGUGGCAACUUGGAGCUGGGGGUGACAGUGUGUUUAAUGGAACAGAGGAUCUGGGCACAGCAUGGGCCACCACCCCAGCCUUCCAUCUGGGCAGUUCCAGGAGCUGUGAUUUCCACAGGCAGUGCUGUGACCAUCUUCUGCAGGACCCCUCCAGGAGUGACUUAUGUGCGUCUAACCCAUUAUGUGCAGGAUGGAAAGUGGUUUGAUUGCAUCCCACAGGGAGCCCAGGAGGUGUUUGAAUUCAGUCUGCAGAAUAUGACACAAGGCAGUGCUGGGGCUUACCACUGUGACUACUUCAACGGAAGUGCAUGGUUACAAAAUAAUGACAAACUGGAGCUGGUGGUGACAGGUGUUUACAAAAUCAAGCCAUCCCUUACUGUUGAUUCAAGACCCAAGGGAUUCUUAGAAAGAAAAGUGACUCUCCUCUGUCACACACAUCAUUUGUUUGACCUCUUCAUCCUCUGCAGAGGUGGAAAUGCUUCCUUGAACCAGAACUGCUCCCAUCAGGACCACAACACAUUCCUCAUCUCCGUGAGCCCAGGGCACAGGAGGACCUACGUAUGUUUUGGUUCUUACAAACAGAAUUCCUACUUGUGGUCACUGCCUAGUGAUCCUCUGGAGCCCACAGAGUCUUCUACAUCAGAUUACAGAUUAGAGAAUUCCAUUCGGCUUAUCCUGGCAAUCAUCCUCCUGUUAGGCCUUGGGGCUCUAUUGCUAGAUGCGUGGAAGAGCAGAAGAGGGCCCAUGGGCCCUUCAUGGAAUCUUAAACUGAGAGCCUAGAUACCUCUUUCUAUACCUCAUCAAAAUGCUUGCAAUAAGAGUCUAAAAGGAGUUGUGAUCUCUCUGCAGAGUACUCAGUGUCUGGAGUUGUGGUACAAUACAUUUGAUGUGAUUGGAAUUUCAGAAUUCUUUGUGUGGUUUUGUAGGCAAGAUCCCCAUUUAGUAGAUUCCUGUUUCUCUCUUCUGUCUCCUGUGGGACAUCUCUGUGUGGUACCCAUCCCUCAUUUCUUAUUUCUCUGCAUAUGAUUUCUUUCUUCUUUGUUUUUCCCUCCUGCCCUGUGGACAUCCUAUUUUGGAAUGUGACUGAAUUGCAUUGUUGAUGUGAGCAUAGCCCUGCCAUGGAGGCCAACACUCUAGAAACAAGGGAAUGCCAAAGCCUUCCCUGGUCCUUGUGUAGAUACUGAAAGUGAGUGUCGUAUCAUUUGCAGCAUCCUCAUCCAUGAUGACUGCAGCCUUAGACUGUUCUCCAAGACCCCAUAUGACACGAGUUAACCCAACCGCUCAUUCCUGCUAUGUAUACCACCAGCAACUCAGUGAGUUCCCAGUUUGCUUGUGCACCUCCUACAGAGUAUGAACUGUCCAUCUGACUCCAGCUUUGCUUCUUUCACAUGAGUCUUUUUUCUUAAUGUCUUUUUGCCCCAGUCAGAUUUUCAAACUCAUCUGUAUGUGCUGCAUCUCUACCCCAUCUCAUGCAAGGAGUCCCCCAUUGUCUUGUCCUCUCACUAAGCUCCUCUACCGCUGACCCUGUGAGCAACUUCCGUACUUCAACAUGAGUUUCCUUGUCAAGCAGAGCUCAUAUCUUUUUUCUUUAGAUUUAUUUUUUGAUCAGCAACUGUGUUUAAUUGAGAUAUUUUACUACAUUGGUGACAUGAGACUUUAGACUCAUCCCUUUCCCAGAGCCUUUCCCAUACCUCCUCACUCCUCCAGCUCAUUUCCUCUUACCCCCACUGAUAUCUUAGCACAUACACUCCAUCAUCCUGUCUGUUACUCCCUCCCCUAACAUCUUUAAGUGUAACAUACAAUGAAUUUUGAUCACAUUUAAUUACUGCCAGAAGAGCAUAAUUGCCCAUGUAGGGUAACUCCAGUUAAAUUCUUUCAUAUGGAUACAUGUACAUACAUAUACAUACACAUGUACAUUCAUUCAUAUAUGAAAUAUUUAGGAAGCUUUAUCAAAUAGUAGGUUUCCAUGCAGCUUUCACAUUUUAUUUUCAGCUAUGCUUUAACUAUUCUUCUUUUGUCCUACAAUGUUGCCUUCACUGUGAUCCAACCUUAGUCCCAAUGAUUGCAUGUUUCUCUUUAAUAUCACCUCUGUUCUACUAUUCUGCUUCCCUUAAGAUCUUUCUUCCCUCACUCUACCAAUGGUUCCUUUAUACUUUUCUGGAUUCUUCUGGUGCUUCAAAUUAAACACACACACACACACACACACACACACACACACACACACACACACACACGCAUCUAAAUACUUAGCACUGAGAUCCAUAUAUGCAACCUUUGUCUUUCUGGGUCUGAUUACCUCACUCAGUAUAAAGUUUUCCAACUCCUACUGAUUACCUGCAACUUGCAGUUUUCUUUACAGCUGAAUAAAAUCCCAUUUUGUAUAGGCAUCUGUCUUAGUCUCUGUUCCAUUGCUGUGAAGAGAUACCAUGACCAGUGGAACUCUUAUGAAGCAAUAAUGUAUGCCAUGAAAUCCAGCUCCAAGGUUAUACACAAGGUUCAUAGAAUAAAGCACAGCAUAUUGAAAUCUAAUUAAGAACCUUUUUAUUAAUCUGAGGGUAUUUUCAGAAACUAAAUAAAUUUACAUACAAACUGUU